AUGGCUGCGGGCUGGAGUAAUUUCCAUGUUGGGAGGGACUGUGGCCAUGUUAAGUGGUCAAAACACAUCACUCCCAAGUUGACUGUCUCGUCUGGUGAGACUGUCACCUUCGAUGCGGUCGAUAGCAGCAAUGGCCAACUCGGUCCGCAGUCGGACGCUUCGGCCAUCGCGUCGUUAGAUCUCGGCCUGGCCAACCCUGUCUUCGGCCCGAUCUUUGUACGAGAUGCACAGCCGGGCGAUGCCCUCAAGGUGGAAGUGCUGAAGCUGGAGGUUGCUAAUUGGGGGUGGUCCGCCAUCAUCCCGGGGUUUGGUCUGCUGGCGGACGAGUUCCCAACCCCAGAGAUCAAGAUCUGGUCACUCGAUCAUGAGAAGGGAUAUGCCCAGUUCAAGGACAUGCGUAUCCCAUUGCGACCUUUCCUCGGCUGCAUGGGCCUGGCUCCUGCCUCUGACGCCGAACUCUCAACCGUUCCGCCCACCCACGCCGGUGGCAACAUGGACUGCCGCGAACUCGGUGUGGGAUCCAUCGUUUAUCUCCCUGUCCAAACAGCCGGUGCCCUCUUCAGCUGCGGUGACGGUCAUGCUGCCCAGGGUCAUGGCGAAGUCUGUGGCACUGCCAUCGAAACACCCAUCCGUGCUACCCUCCGGUUCGAAGUUUGCAAGAAUCAGCCGUGGGUCACAACUCCUCAAUACCAGACACCCCCGCAGGCGCAGAUCCCCAACCCCCUCCCGGAUCUGGGAACCUAUGGCGUACUAGGUGUCUCACCGGACUUGUUCGACGCGGCGAAGAGCGCCACUCGGAAUCUCAUCCAAUGGCUGGUGUCGACUAAGGGGCUUAGUCGAAGCGAAGCUUAUAUUCUGGCCAGUAUUGCUGGAGACCUGCAAAUCGCUGAAGCAGUCAAUGUGCCCAACUACGAAGUGGCCAUGAGUCUGCCGCUGGGUAUCUUUACCCGAACGUGA